GGCUGGCAAAUAGACAACAACACCGGAUUGAGGAAAUUGACAAGGGCAUACCAUGUGCAAAACAAACUUGUUUAAAGCUGACAACCAUGCGACACGACGUGUUAAUUCCGAACAUUCAAGUAACCGUCGCCUGCCUCGCGUACCUCUCUUGUCAAUUUCCACACUACCUUGCACUACAGUGACAUUGCUGUCGGAGUAAUCAUGCAUAUGUUCCUCGUUGCUGUCUUUCUUAUUGUACAGCUGCAAGAAGCUGAAUCAUGGGGCGCAGCAGCCAAAUACGCAGUGAACUGCCCGGAGCGCUGCAAUGUGGACCUGUGCGGCUCGACGCAGAGAUGCAGGCGGACGGUCCUGGAUGAUUGCGGUUGCUGUCAAGUCUGCGCAGCGGGGAGGGGGGAACACUGUUACCGCACCGUCUCUGGGAUGCACGGGGUAAAGUGUGGACCUGGGCUCUUCUGUGACUUCUACAAAGACGAAGAUGAUUAUGGGGAUGAGUAUGGAAUUUGCAAAGAUUGCGUGUAUGGAACAUAUGGAGUAGAGUGCAGAAACACUUGCAACUGUAAGGCUGGAGGAAUCUGCGAUAGAGAGACUGGCGCUUGUCUCAGCUUCAUAUUCUUUUCAAAGAUGACCAACAACAUUAGGUCACAUGAGAGCACUGGUACCGAGAUGGGUUCUGGAGACAGUGGGGACCAUCUCAAAGACAGGUCCACAUCCCCCAAAUGGAAUCCUCGCUGACAGUCUCUUUCAUACAUUAUUCAGUGACAAUGUAGCAUAUCAAUAACUUAAAUGGUCAAUAAAGGAUAUAUUUUAUUAUGUCUCAAAUGAAUAUAUCAGAGAUGUGAUUAUCCAGAGUUUUAUACAAUAUUUUGAAGUGGUGAUUUUAUACCAAACAUGCAAAUGUAUUAUCUUUCUCUUCUUUCUUUUUCUCUCAUCUUUUGCUAUCAGUCAUAUUUUCAAAACACACACACACGCGCGCGCACACACACACACACAUACACACGCACGCACACACACACACACACACACACACACACACACACACACACACACACACACUCACACUCACACUCACACUCACACUCACACUUAUAUGGUUUAUUAGCCAGACCAAUAACAAUAUUCUGAAUGUAGCAAUAUAACCAUACACAAUAUGUUGUGGACUGAAUGCAAUGAUCAGUAUGGUGGUACAGUUCCAUGUUAUUUUGCGUCUAGUUGCCAGAGAGAAUGUUACAGACAUACAUGUAGACACACUGUCCUAUCUUUGCCCUAUAAAGUACCUUAUCUAAUCGUAAUGGAAUUGUGAGCAUUAAUCUUUAAAUCCAGUAUUAUUACGCGACCUCAGAGACACUCGUGGCAAAAAUAUUUAAACUGUCAGAAAUACAUUCUUCAUGUCUUGUCUUGUCAUUGUCUGUUGUUGUAUUUGUUGUUGUUUCGUAUCAUUUUAAAAAAAAUGUAAAGUUGAUUAACAUGAGUGAUGUGGAAGAAUAAAAUACAUCAAUGCUUGGAA